UUUUGAGUUUGUAUGUGAGAGAAACAGAGAGAAAAAGAAAUAAUAUGGAGGGAGUUGAUAUGGUAGAAAGCAAAGAAUGGUACAUGGCAGCCUACGCUAGAGAUGGUGUACCAUCAUCUGAUCAUCUCAAGUGUAGAACUUUUAGUUUAUCCCGAGUAGCCGUUGAUUCGAUCCCCGAUGAUCAUAUCGCCAUCCAGAGCCGUUGGAUCUCGAUCGACCCAUAUCUACGGUCCAGAAUGACCGGUGUUGAAGAGGGUGGUCUUAAUGUCACUCAGUUUCCCAUUAACCAGGUGAUCGUAUCAUAUGGGAUAGGGAAGAUUAUUAGAUCAAAGGAUGAAAAAUAUAAGGAGGAUGACUUGGUAGUUAUCCCAGAAAUGCCGGUUGCUGAGUAUAGUGUUGUACCUUCCAAAGCUGUGUUUAUCAAAAUUGAUCCUGCCAUAGGAGUCACCCCUUUGGAGUAUCUCAAUGUUCUUGGCGUACCAGGAUUUGCAGCUUGGAUAGGAAUACAAGUAAUAGGAAAGCCAAAGGCAGGAGAGAAUGUGUUCAUUUCUGCUGCUGCUGGAGGUGUUGGCAUGAUUGCUGGCCAAUUGGCUAAACUUAAAGGUUGUCGCGUAGUUGGCAGCACCGGAUCUGAUGAUAAGGUGAAACUAUUGAAGGAGGAAUUUGGGUUUGAUGAAGUAAUCAAUUACAAGAAAGAACCAGAUCUUGAUGCUGCUUUAAGCAAAUACUUCCCCAAUGGAAUUGAUAUAUACUUCGAGAACGUAGGAGGCAAAACCCUUGAGGCUGUUCUCAAUCAUGUUAAUAUGUAUGCACGUAUUCCACUUUGUGGAAUGAUGUCCCAAUACAAUAAGGUUUGGACAGAAAGGGAAGGGGUGAGAAAUCUAUUGAAUAUGGUGGGGAAGGAAGUUCACAUGCAAGGCUUCAUGGUAUUAUCAUAUUUGCAUCUAUUUGAAGAUUUUGGGACACAAAUAGGUGGCUAUUUGAAGGAUCGGAAACUCACUUCCAAACUUAAAAUAAACAACGGCAUUGAAAGCUUCUUAGAUAGCGUGGCUUCACUUUUUACAAGUUCCAAUAUUGGGAAAGUGGUCAUUCAAGUUUAAGCCAUUGCAUAUCUACAGUGGCGGAUAUUGACCAAAAAAUUAUAUGUGUGUUUUGCUUGUAUUAUUAAUAACUAGUUUUUUUGUUUGUAUUAUUAAUAACUAGUUUUAUAUGCACGCGAUGCGUACGAAUAUAAGAAA